AUGCCCACGCGAGCACUCUCUUUUAGUCAUAUAGUAAACGAUAAGGACAAUUAUAUGCAGUUUGACAGUAAAAAAGAAAGGGAGGAUUUGGCUUCAAAGUUGCUCAACAGUGACCUCAACCAAGAAAAACAAAAUCUAUACGACAAAGCAAGACGGCACUUUGCACAAGUUGAACAACAGGAUGGCAAUAAAAGGUUACGAAUUGACAGAGUGAAUAAAUCUGAUAGUUUAGAAAAAGGAUCCUCUAAAGGUUAUACAUUGCCUAUGACAGAUUUAAUAGGUUGUGAUUUUCAAAGGCAUAUUCAAGAUAUAUGGAAAUGGAUAAUGGAUGACACGGUGUCAGCAAUUGGAAUUUGGGGAAUGGGAGGGUCAGGAAAAACAGCCUUAGCAACCCAUAUACAUAACAAGCUUAUUUUGGAAGAAGUUAGUAGUGACAUUAAAGUUAUUUGGGUAACUGUAUCACAAAAUAGCAUCUCCCAUUUGCAAAAAGUGAUAGCCAAAUCAAUUGAUCUAGAUAUAUCUGAUGAGUUUGAGGUUAAAAGAGUUGCCGGGAAAUUAUUUCAAGCAUUCAAAGAGAUGAACAAAUGUGUUAUUAUUUUAGAUGAUGUUUGGGAUCAUUUCUUUCUAAAGGACGUUGGAUUUCCUAUGUCAGAUAAUCAAAUUAUAUUGAUUUUGACCACCCGUAUAAGGAAUGUGUGUCAAGGUAUGGGUUGUAAGGAGGUAAUAGAAGUGGCGCCUCUAGAUGAUGAUGAUGAUGAAGAAGAGAGUUGGGAUUUGUUUAAGGAGGUUUUGGGAUCCUUCCGUGAAGAACUGUCUUCGAAAGUGGAAGAUAUUGCACGGAAUGUGGCACAAAAAUGUGAGGGUUUUCCCCUAGCUAUUGUUAGAAUCGCGACAAGCAUGAAGGGGAAAACAGAAGCUAGAGAAUGGAGUCAUAUGUUGGAAUGUCUUCAAAACCUGGGCAAUGGGCAAUAUGAAGUGGACAAAUGGGUAUUGCCAAUUUUGAGAUCUAGCUAUGAUUUCUUAAAUAACAAAUUGCAAAGAUUCUUCUUGUAUUGUGCUUUAAGUACCGAUGGAAUUUUUGACGACGAUGAGCGUGAUCGUUGGAUAAGAAGAUUUGUUUAUGAAAACAUAGAUGGGACAAGGAAGUUGAGGGUGCAGUAUUACGAAGGUUAUAAAAUUUUGCAUAAAUUAGAGGAUCAUAGCAUGUUGGACUAUAUUGAGGGUGCAUGGGUGAUAAACAAAUUUCUUAGAGCCCUUGCUAUUGGUAUUGCAGAAGAAACUUGUAAAAUUAUGGGAAAAGCUGAUAAGAAUUUGACAGAAAUACCGAGUGAUGACCAAUGGACAGAAGAUCUACAAAAAGUUUUUUUGACGGGAAACAACAUACAAACAAUUCCAAAUGGAACGUGUUUUAAGUGUUCUCAACUUUCGAUGUUGCUUUUGGAUUGUAAUGUAGAACUCAACCACAUUCUAGAUAAAUUUUUCAACAACACGCCUGCUCUCAAGAUACUUGAUUUGUCUGAGACUAUGAUUGAGCGUUUGCCUGCAUCGUUGUUCAACUUGAAAUGUCUGAUUGCAUUAUUACUCUCAGGAUGUACAAAAUUGAGUUACAUUCCCUCACUAGGAAAAUUGAAACGGUUAAUAUCAUUGGAUCUAUCUUCUACUGCCAUCACUGAAGCACCUACGGGCUUGGAAUCAUUGGUCAAUCUUAGAUGCCUAUCUCUACUCCCUGCAGAAAAGCUGAAAAUGUCAGCAUGGCUUCUAUCCACAUUGAUCAAUUUAGAGUGUCUUGAGGCGGGUUGGGCCCAAUGCUCAACGGAUGUGAUUGGACAAGGUACACAAGUUUUGAAAAGGUUGGAAGUUAUAGUAGCCCAUUUUUGUGACAUUAGCGCGUUCAAUAACUUUGUGAGCUUCCUGGCCCAUAAUGUGUAA